AUGACGUCCUACGUGAAGCACCAGAUUGCCAAGAAGCUGGCAAGUUACUUCAAGGACAUGACGGCCGACAAGCUGGCCUUGUCCGUGCUGAAAGGAACAGCUGUGCUACACGACCUGGAGCUGCAAGAAGGCUUCCUGCGCUCGGCGUUGCUGCUGCCUCCAUGGUUAUAUGUCACCAAGGCUUCAUGCAAUCGUGCAGACUGCAAGCUCUCGAUCACACGGCUCAAGACGCAUCCCAUGACCAUCGACAUUGACCGCAUCAACAUCAUCAUUGAGGCGGUUGACCCGGAAGAUCAUGCACGGCACUACCAGCCCACAUCAGGGGACGGCCAGCAUGCUGGAGGCCCGCACGAUCCACAUGCCAGCGCAGAAGCCACAAGCGCUCACCAUGGGAAGCCUGAGAAGUACGGCGUCGGUGACACUGUCGUUGAUGGCGUCACGGUGAACGUCAACCUCGUCGAGGUACACGUGCACACACCAGACUUUUCUGCAAAGUGCCUUCUGCAAGGCCUUCAAGCCGAGAGCGUGAACCGCAACUGGGAGCCUGUCACAGACCUUCGUCAUGCCCAAGACAUUGACCCGACCAAGCAGUAUGUCACCCUCUUCAAGAAGCUCGUUCUCGGCACCGUGUCCGUCUCCCUCACAUCCAGCUCCCUCAAACUGCCAGAGGCAUCACGGCACACUGAAGUUGGGGUGGUGCUCCAGGAGUCGGAGAUUCGCAUCUCACGGCGGCGGUCGCUGCUCGACAACACCGUCGUCCUCGGUGUGCAAGUCAACAUCAUGCCCGGCGUCAUCAAACUCGAACUUAGCCGAGAAGAACUCCAGACGCUGCAAGUUGUACUGCAUAGUAUAACACAGCUGGCCGACGCGUAUAGCCGUUACAAUCCAGCAACAGCUGCUGCAGGGAGGGAAUCCGCGCUAUCGGCAAUGCCAUCACCAGCAGCAUCGACACAACCACAGCCACCACCUGCUGCGGGUCGGCCCCGCGCGUCAACCAUGAAGCAUUCGCCUGUGACAAGCCGCCGCCGCACAUCCUCUGUCGCCUCAACCCACUCCUCCACAGGUGCAACGGUAGCAGCAACACCACCACAGGCACAGUCGCAGCAACAACAGCGGCAGCAGCUGCGUCACACACUACACCCUUUGUACACGCUGGCUAUCCAGCACAUCCACAUCUCCAUCCUCCAACCCGCCCCCGCGUUAGCUUCCCGUCCGUUGCCUGCAGGCAAGGACAGAGCGCGAGGGCGCACGCUGGUCACGCUGAUUGCGCAGGAGCUGGAGCUGCGCCACAUCUCUGGGCUGCGCUGGCGUGGCUCCGACAAGGUUGGUCCUGCUAAAGAACCAUUUGACCACGCGUUCAACGCACGGCGCGACACGUGGCUGCGAAACCUUGGAUACACAUCAGACGUCAUGGGCGAGCGGCAGCUGCACAUCAGCAUGACACGCGUGGCCCUGCGCGCCCUGUCCGUCAUCUCGGAUGCCGGCCAUCCGAUCCGCCGUAACGGCGGAGACAAUAACGCAGCGCGUGGUGGCCGUGGCCCUGCUGCUGACGCCGAUGAUGAACAGGAAACCACGAUUCUAAUGCAGCCACGCUACGACGAGAAGAAUGUACCGUCUUACCUUCUUCUGCUUGAGCAUCAGGCGUAUGAUGUGCCCAUUGGUGCCAGCUCAUCGCCAGCACCGCCACCACCCGUUCUGUUUGCCCGCCUAUCCCCAAUCAAGGUCCAAGUAAACCUCGCUGCCAUCAUGCACAUCGCGCACUUUGCACAGCACACCAUUCUCCGUGGCCUCAACGGCUUCUUCGGUUUAGCCGCCGCCGCAAUAUUGGAGGACAUUGAGGCUGCAACGAGCGAGCAGGAACUUGCCAAAGUUAGCAGCCACAUUUCGGCCGCUUCGGAUCUGGACAAGCUGGAGAUUGUUCAGCUGCGCGCGGCAUGCACGCGCCGAGCGAAAGCCAUUCGUGUACACAUGUCCGGGCAGCUUCACAAGAGCAGCGAUAACCCCGUGGAGCAAACGCAGCAGCAGCAGCAGUUUUCUGGUCCGCUGCUGAAGUUUCGAGGGGAUCUCAUGGCGCCGGCAAUCGAGAUUCCGCCGCUGGCGAGCGGCCCAGCGCACAUUCGCCACCGCACGUGGCUGCUGCGUGCUGACGCGCUCGCCUUUUCAAAUACCUCACACUGGACAGAGAACAUUGGGCCGGCCAGCUUUCGGAGCAUGUUUUUGAGCCCGUUCUUCAACGCCGCACCACGACACACUCAUGCCUCGAGUGCCAGCCAUGAUGAGCGCAGCAGUGGAUGCAGUGGCUCCGCUGGCCCCUGGCAGCCGACGGACGUGUAUUCCGUGCUGCCACCGCCACAGCUGAUGAGGACAUCGCGCGCCACAUUUGUGUCCGUGCGUGCCGUCACGCUGCGGUCGUUUGGACACCCGGACGGGCCCUUGCUGUCGACAGUGGUGGAGGCGCCGCACGUCGCUGCUGCACUCGUCGCGCUGCCAGAUGCACCCGCGCCCGCGCACAACGGUGGCAGCCAGGAAACAGAACCGCAAACGACAGGGCAGGGCGGCAAAGGAGCACCAAGUGCCGACGAUACGGCGGCAUUUGCACUCAUCAGCGUGCCAGAGCGGGUGGGCGCGUGCUUGGAUGACGAAGAGAUGUUAUUUAUGACCCGGCUUCUUGAGGAAUUCCAGCGCCAUUCCAGCUUUUUUGACAGCGGACUGCCAGCGCCGCGGAUUUCGUGUGCGGCCGUGCAAGUACCAACCAUUGAUGUUGACCUUCGCGUGCGCGCUCCGCCAGAGAUGCACUUGCAGCUGCAUGUUGGCGGGCUGCUUGCGGCAGAUGCUGGUCCACGGCAGCCGCUGCAUUUGUGCCACGCAACCGUUGUGGGCACAGAGCUGGCACGGCACACGUUUUCACGGGCAGCCUGCCUUGUUGGAUCUGUGCAGCGUGUGUGCGCACACAUGUCGCAUUUGCCACAACCCCAGCACACGAAGAGCAACACUGGUGAUGCUUGCGAUGAUGGACGAGAAAAAGGCAAACCGGGCAAGCCACAAGUGUGGUUUCGUUUUGUCGAUACGCUGCCCACGCCGCAGGAGGCGGACGCGUUCUUUGCGGCCUGGGACCAACGACAGGCCAUGAUGCAUGCGCUGCGCGCUGCUGUCAGUGAGGCGGCUGACGAUCGAGAUGACACAAUGCGUCGCAGCAGGAGCGACAGCAUGGCGGCAAGGAAGCAGCCGACGACUGUGGAGCGCGACUUUGUUGAGGAGGAUGACGCCGAGGAGCUGCACGAGCGACAACAGGGCGUGAGAACAAGUGAUCCUCAUUGUGCAACGACACCACGGCAGGCAACAAAGCACGUGGCCGUGCAAUCCACACAACAACAACAGCAGCAGCAGCAGCAGUCAUUGGCAGCUGUGCUGGUGAACGGACCGGGAGAAGAGCAGGAGACAGCUGCCCUGACGCCAGAGGUGGGCAGAGAUGGGGGUGAGGCCCGUGGUCUUAGUUCUGCGGCUCGUCAUGACGAAACCACACCGCUGCGGAACAGCUGGGCGCGUAUGAGCAAUGGAUCCAUGGACGCUCGGCAGGCGCAGUUGGAGGUGAUGCAGGUGCAGAACCGAUUGGAAGAUGUGGCGAGUAGUGGUGCAGAAAUGCUUGAGCGUAGCUCUGGUUCGCAGGCGAUGCAUUUUCAUCAACAAGAGCAGCCGCUACCUCCACUGGGCUCCAGCAGCCAGCACUUUUUUGUGUCGAACUUGAGCAUUGACAUGGCAUCUGAUCACGGCCAACUGCUGGGGCGAUACGCGGACGACUUUCAGGAGGCGCUGCCGGCGGCGUCGCGUCGGUUCGAGCUGGAGAAUGUCAGAGUGAAUCUGGUUGAUUCGACGGAACACAGCACGUUACUGGACUCUCUUACGCGUGUCACUGCCCCAAGCCAACUUGUGGAGAUGCUGCAGGUCGGGUGCUCAGGGCUGUGCGUGGACGUGGCACAGGACGCAAGCACUGGUGCGACUCGGAUACAAGCCGGUGUACGCCGACCCGAGGCGGAGACGUGUGAUGUUGCUCCCGACAAGUCCCGCAAUCCAUCGAGUUGCACGGAGCAGCGAGAUGACAGCUCCGUGUCGUACUUGGAAGACUGCUUAAAGGAGGUCGUCAAGGAAAAAUGCCACCUGCAACAGGCGCUUGAAGAUCUGAGCUCAGAGCUGGUGCGCCUGAAGCAGGAGAACGUUGCGCUCCGCCAACGCAUGCGCUCACUUGCGAAACCUCGCUGACUUGAAGUGUUCUUGAGUUACUUGUCAUUGCUGCUUGACGAAUGAAUGACACUCGGUGGUUGCGUCUUGUGCACCAGAACGCCGUCAUGUACAUGUCAUGUGAAGAAGAACGCACACACAUCUGCUUGAACACACCACAAGAGGGCAGACGGGGAAAAAAAAAAAAAAAAACAAGUGUGCA